AUGAAUCGUCAUCAAUACGACCUGGAUCCUCGCUUCAGUGACGCUGAUUCAACCGAAGUCGUUUGGGAGAAUAUGAUGAAGGCUUUUGAAAUGCACUCCAAAAUGGUGGUCAACUUCACAAAAAUAAUUCCCGGAAUCAAUCGUUUGGAGCUGAACGACAAGCGCCAACUUGUGCGUUCCGCCAUGUACCCUUUGAUGUUGGUAACCCUCAGUCGUGACUUUGAAAAUGGCAGGUACCCACGCUACAACUACUUCAAUUUCAGUGCCGCCAGAGAGCUUAUGAUAUUAACCGGGAACAGACGGGGCAGCUAUGUAGUAUGA